CAAAACCAGAACAUGCAUACAUGUGUUGCACUAUAGAAUUGCGAUGGAAAAGUGAAAUAGAAUUUGCAACUAAUUAGGAUUCCGUUUGGUAUAAAACUCGGUGUAGAAAUGGCCAACCAUACCAUUAUUACAUUCAAAUUGAGACGAUAAUAUUGCACCUUUUCACCAGCGUUUGUGCUCGGCUUUAAAAAAAUGGUAUUCAGAAAAGUACAAUUUUUACUUGUACUUAUUCUGCUUGGAACGGGGGAAAGUGUAUCCUUACGAGCUCAGCAGUCCCCGUGCUAUGAAUUUCUUUGCGGAGGAGAACCGGCGUUACUCUGUGGGUCGGACUCGGUCACUUAUCUAAAUGGGUGCACGUAUUCUCAGGCUCAGUGCAAGGAUCCAGCACUCUUUGUGGUGCAUCCUGGUGCAUGUAAGAAGGAAAGCGAGUCUGUCGUUACAAUUGGCACCACAGCCCCAGAACUGGAAACUGAGGCAGUCACCACAACCGAAACGUCAACGAUUCCAACUGUUGGCGAAAUGGUGACAAACGAUUCAAAUUGUGCUGACACAUUUUGCAGUGCACGCCAUAGUCCGGUCUGCGCCAAUGAUGGUAUCACUUAUUCGUCACGAUGCCAAUUGUCCAAAGCCAUGUGUCGGACACCUGGACUGGAUUUAAAACAUGAGGGCAGAUGUAAAACGUAUGAAAACUGUUUGACACGAAUCUGUCCCAUGAGGGAGGAAUCAUUAUGCGGAACAGACAAUAAAACAUACAGAAACCUGUGCGAACUGUCAAUUGCAAAAUGCUACAAUCCAAGUCUGGCACCGCAAUCCAAUGGGCCAUGUUCUCCUGGAGACGCUGGAUCAAUCGGAGUCAUGGGAUGUGACAUUCCCUGUGAAGAUCAGUACCGGCCGGUCUGCGCCACUAAUGCAAAAACUUACCCGAAUGUUUGUCACUUUGAAAACGCCAGAUGCAAAAACAACAAAUUGAAAAUCUUCAAGUUUGAACCAUGCUAAUAAGGCAUAAAAUCCAGAAAAUAAAAUAAUCUAUGUAAUUUAAUUCAAUAAUAUGUCAAAAUUCGCAAAUAAAUUAAAUACCAAAAACCUGGAUUUAA